AUGCCGGCUCCAGUAGUUAUUUUACCCAUUGCGUGGGCGUUGAUGACCUUUCUUCGUGUGGCCAACAAACGGAGAAGAAAUGGGCAAAACCGAAGACGACUUCGCCGCUAUUUUGCCCUGAUUAAUCUGUUUACGAGUGGCCGUGCACUAACCUACUGUAGGAUGGACAGGAAUGUACCCAUCCUGCGCUUGUGGUUUGACGUGGAGUUGGAACUCAUCCGGGACUUCAGACUGAAUGGGGUGGUGGGUGCUUUAGGACCUGGUGGGGAAGAAGUAGACGGGCCUGCCCGUGUGGCUGGCAUCGGUGUUGGCGGGGCUGUGUCUGCAGUAGUGGAAGAUGGAUCCGGCUCCUCCAUGGGAGGUUCAACAAUGGCCUAG